AGGGAAGCUCCCGGUGAGAACUGAGAAGAGAGAGAGAGAGAGAGCGCGAGAAAGAGAGAGAGAGAGACUCCUCCUCGUCUCCGGUGUCAAACUUGACAUCAGCCUCUGAGCCGAGAAUGGUAACUUGUGUCGGAACAGAAGCCCUCACAUGAGUGGCAUGCUUCAUGGAGUUAUGUACCUUGCUUUGCCCCCUCAACUGCUAUCAUGGAUUGCAAACCCUUAAUACUUUUCCUUUUUCUCUUCACGUUUAUUUCCAGCGCAGAAUUCAUUAUUCAUCCGUCCAAUGAAGUUAACCUGUUGGACUCCAAAGCAAGCCAAGGGGAGCUGGGCUGGAUAUCAUCCCCAUCUCAUGGGUGGGAGGAAAUUAGCGGCGUGGAUGAGCACUACACACCCAUCCGGACCUUCCAGGUGUGCAACGUGAUGGAAUACAGCCAGAACAACUGGUUGAGGACCAACUGGAUUCCUCGCAAUUCUGCGCAGAAGAUCUAUGUGGAGCUCAAGUUUACCCUGAGAGACUGCAACAGUAUUCCCAUGGUCCUGACCUGCAAAGAGACGUUCAACUUACAUUACCUGGAGACUGAUGAAGACCAGGGAAGUAAGUUUCGCGAGCACCAGUUCUCCAAAAUAGACACCAUUGCCGCCGAUGAGAGCUUUACUCAGAUGGACCUGGGCGACCGUAUCUUGAAGUUAAACACAGAGGUCCGUGAAGUGGGGCCCAUGACUAAGAAGGGCUUUUACCUGGCUUUCCAGGACGUGGGAGCCUGCGUGGCCCUAGUUUCUGUGCGGGUGUACUUUAAAAAAUGCCCUUUCACGGUGAGGAACCUGGCUAUGUUUCCCGAUACGGUACCCACGGACUCUCAGUCGCUCGUGGAGGUUAGAGGCUCAUGCGUCAACAAUUCCAGAGAAGAGGAUCCGCCAAAAAUGUACUGCAGUACUGAGGGAGAGUGGCUGGUGCCUAUUGGGAAAUGCCUGUGCAACAUAGGAUAUGAAGAACGUGGAGUCGCUUGCCAAGCCUGCCGGCCCGGCUUCUAUAAGGCCUCUUCUGGGAACGUCAAGUGCUCCAAGUGUCCGCCACACAGCUACACACACCAGGAGGGAGCCGUGCACUGCAGCUGCGAGAAAAACUACUUCCGUGCGGAAGAGGACCCCGUCUCGAUGGCCUGCUCUCGACCUCCAUCUGCCCCACGCAAUGUGAUCUCUGCCAUUAAUGAGACGUCAGUGAUUCUAGACUGGACCUGGCCGGCUGACAGCGGAGGCAGGAAGGACAUGACAUUUAACGUGGUCUGUAAGCGUUGCUGGCUGGGUCCCAGGCAGUGUGAACCCUGUCGAGGGGCCGUGCGCUUCCUGCCCCGUGCCACCGGCCUCACUAACACAACAGUAACCGUGGUGGACCUCCUGGCACACACCAACUACACCUUUGAGAUCGAGGCCCAAAAUGGAGUGUCCUCCCUGGCCCCCACGGUCCGCCAGUAUGCUGCGGUCACCAUCACUACCAACCAAGCAGCUCCAUCUGCAGUGACUGUCAUCAGGAAGGACCGAACAUCCAGAAACAGCAUCUCACUGUCAUGGAUGGAGCCAGAGAGACCCAAUGGGAUCAUUUUGGAUUACGAGGUCAAAUAUUAUGAGAAGCAGGAACAAGAGACCAGCUACACCAUCCUGAGGUCAAAGGGCACAAACGUUACACUGAGCGGGCUAAAACCCGACACGACCUACCUGCUACAGAUCAGAGCACGCACUGCGGCCGGAUACGGCGGUAGCAGUCGCAAGUUUGAGUUUGAGACCAGUCCAGACUCCUUUUCCAUCUCCAGUGAGAACAGUCAGGUAGUGCUGAUCGCUGUCUCCUCCGCUGUGGCCAUCAUCCUCCUCACUGUACUGCUCUACAUUGUGAUUAGCAGGUUUUGUAGAUAUAGCAAGUCCAAACAUCCAGAUGAGAAGAGGCUGCCCUUUGGCAAUGGCCACUUGCGACUGCCUGGCAUCAAGACCUAUGUGGACCCGCACACAUACGAAGACCCGAGUCAAGCCGUGCAUGAAUUCGCCAAGGAACUGGAAGCGUCCUGUAUAGCCAUCGACAAAGUGGUUGGGGCAGGGGAGUUUGGAGAGGUGUGCAGUGGCCGAUUGAAGCUGCCGUCUAAGAAGGAGAUCUGUGUGGCCAUCAAGACGCUCAAAGCUGGAUACACAGAGAAGCAAAGGCGAGACUUCCUCAGUGAAGCGAGCAUCAUGGGACAGUUCGACCACCCCAACAUCAUCAGGUUGGAGGGUGUGGUCACACGCAGUAAACCCGUGAUGAUAGUGACCGAGUACAUGGAGAACGGCUCUUUGGACGGCUUCCUGCGAAAACACGACGCCCAGUUCACAGUGAUUCAGCUGGUCGGCAUGCUACGUGGCAUCGCAUCUGGUAUGAAGUAUCUGUCGGAUAUGGGUUACGUGCACAGAGAUUUGGCUGCCCGGAACAUCCUGGUCAACAGCAACCUGGUGUGUAAAGUGUCAGACUUCGGCUUGUCCAGAGUGCUGGAGGACGAUCCAGAAGCCGCCUACACCACGAGAGGCGGAAAGAUUCCAAUCCGAUGGACCGCGCCAGAGGCCAUCGCCUAUCGCAAGUUCACCUCGGCCAGUGACGUAUGGAGCUACGGGAUUGUCCUAUGGGAGGUCAUGUCUUAUGGAGAAAGACCUUAUUGGGAGAUGUCCAAUCAGGACGUGAUAAAAGCGGUGGAUGAGGGUUAUCGUCUUCCCCCACCCAUGGAAUGCCCUGCCACGCUUUACCAGCUGAUGCUAGACUGCUGGCAGAAGGACCGAAACAACCGGCCGAAAUUUGAGCAGAUUGUCAGCAUCCUGGACAAGCUCAUCCGCAACCCCAGCAGUCUCAAAAUCACGGCCAGCACCUCGUCCAGACCGGUGAAUCUGCUUCUGGACAGAACCAGCACUGACAUCACUUCCUUUCACACAAUGGGUGAUUGGCUGGAGAGUGCGAGGACGUUGCCCUGUAAAGAUGCAUUCAGUGGGGUCAGCUACAGCUCCUGUGAUACACUGGCCAAAACCUCAGCAGAAAUCUGUCUGACUGAAGUCAGACCAGCAGCCACGUGCCCUGAGUGGGAGCCGUCCAUGGGAAUUACAACACUUUAAAGCUUAUAGACUGGAUGGGACUUCAAGAAAGUCGGUGUGACGAUCGUUGGACCUCAGAAGAAGAUCGUGAGCAGCCUAACAACACUUGAAACACACUCAAAGAACGGUCCAGUUCCUGUGUAAAAUUAAAAAUGAGCGACGGAAAUGAAAGACACCUAAACAAGAUUGAUGCUGCUUUGGCUUUAACAGACAGGAAAUAGAUAUUAAAUGAAAAGAGGAAGUGGAACUACAAUUCUUGAACACAUGUGCGAAGCAGAACAACCUUCCUGGAGAAAGAUCACGUCUUCCCGGGCACGAGGUGCAAAGACGAUGAGCGCGUCUCCCAGCGAUUAUCGGCGAGAGAGGUGGAUGAACACGGGCCUCGUGUUUAAGAGUCUACGGUCACGCCGCAUGGCUCCUCCUAGAGGACGGAAGCCGGUCCGAUCCGAACGGAUUUAACAAAGAGCUCUUCAUAUGUGGCAGGGGAGCAUUAAAAAGCCUUCAGGAAAAACUUUGCAUAAGCAUCCGUCUUCCUUUUGGAAGGUAGCACUUCAGAGAGGCAAUAGCUUGCACCCCAGAGUUUGGUGGUUUCUUGUAGAAAAGCCCCCUUUAAUUCUUCUGAAGAACGGCAGGAGAAGUACAGCUGGUUACUGUUAGAGCAAUCUGGUGAUGCUUGUUAGGAUCUGACAUAUUUGGCUAUAUAUUUGAUAAUUAACCAUUAAUCUGCAAGUGCAGAGAGCCAUUCUCCAGAAUCAGGGAUGGAGUAGCGGAGACCUUGGGUAAACAUGCCAUUUUAAAGGUUUAUUUGUUAAUGUAGCCCAUGACACAUGUUUGUUUGCACCACUGUGUUCAGAUGAUAUAUGAAUUCAUUAUCAAAUAAAAACAGUACAAAAUAAAGAAAAGAAACUGUUUACUAGAAUCAGUAACACAGACAGAAUAGAGUGCUGAUGUGUUUUUGCAGGCCAACCCAAAAGUUAGUAUCACCGAUAGGACUUUGCCAUUGGUUUUUGGAUUAUUGCAGAAAAUAGGCUCUUACACUUCCAGAGCUAAUUUUAGGCAUUUAACCAAAAGUCCAUUCACAAAAUCCAUGGACGAUGGAAACGGAAGUGCUAAAAUGCGAACUUGUUUCUGAGUUUUGACCUGCAUAUAUAUGUCAUCCCUCCAGGAUUUGGACUCAGAAGUCUCAGAUAUGAUAUAUAUGAGGUACAUGGGCUGUGUUCGAAAUAAAAUAUUAGCUUACUACAUACUGAACACUCCCUGUUUUGUUUAGUAUGUGAAACAAAAGACUUUGCAACAACAUGUUAAAUAAUUGUUCUCACAUGACCUCUUCUUGUUUAAUUCAGUGACAUCCAAUUAUCAACAUGAAAAUAAGGUUCCUUUGCAUUUUUAAUCCAAUUAUGUGUCAAAUUCAUACUGAAAUCAUGUUGACUUGAUUUCAAUUUGACUCGCUUCAACUCAGAAAUGGCUUCACUUUUCGUUUGUCCCUACAGAUCCUCUCCAUUCCAAUCACCUGAUUACAUUCUGGCAACACCUACUUUUCACAAUCCAAAUCAGUUCCCAAUUGAUUAAACAAAGUCCCACCCUCCAUUUUUUCUUGUUGAAUAUCCUGGAAAUCAGAUUAUGUAAAGAAAAUAAGUCGUGAAUGUCACUUCACAUUAAGUUUAACAUUUGGCAAUCAAAUAAUGUGUCAAGAAAGAAAAUUAAAUAUCACUUGUGAUUUUAUCUUUUUUCUAAACUAGUUCACCCAGAAAUGAACAUUUGGUCUUCAUUUACUCACUGUCACGUCAAUGCAGAACAUAAAAGAAGAUAUAAGAAGAAAAUGUGCACCAAAACUGUUUGGUAACCAUCAUUAUUCAAAAUAUCUUUUGUCUUCCACUAGCAAAAUAAAUUCAUCCAAUGUUGGAACUUUUUUGGGUGAACUAUCCCUUUAAGUGCAAACCCCACCCCACAGACGAUUUCAUUGGUCGACUCAAUCAGGCAGUCACCCGUCAAGAAAAGUUCAGACGUUUCAGGCGAUCAGUGCUGUUGACAAGACCAAUGAAAUCCGCAGGGCAGAGUUUGUGCUGAACUGGUUUGAGAAAAAAUAACUCAAAUAUUACAGCUACUAGAAAUGGGAGAUCAAAUCAAGCAUGAUGCAUUGUGGGAUACAGUAUUCUGUGCAGCUCUGUUGAAUACUGCACUUUUUGCCUGGAGAUUCCAUGCAUACAGAACAUUUGCAUACUGUACGCAGUAUAUAAAGUAUAUUAUAUACUUGAGGAGUAGUAAGAGUAGUAUGGUAGUGUGCUAUUCCGUACAUUACCAUGCUCUGUGAUUUCCUGUAGUGAAGUUCACUUUGAGAUCAGGACUACGAAAUCUUCCAGUUUCAUGUGGAGGGUUAUUCAGAAAGGACAGCUGUGUUCCAAUCAAGUAUCAUCAGUUUUCAAAAUACAAGGUUCUUCAUCAUGUAUUAGUUUGAGACUGAAUACGGGCUUAAUAUCAUUAUCCGAAUAUUUUCUUAAGACAUCCUGAUCAUAAAAUCAAAAAAGAGCACUAAUGGUGCACAAAUGACGGUCUGACCAUGUACUGCACUACCUUAUGAAGGAACAGUCCAUUUUUCCUCUUUGUCUCUUUCAUUCUGCCUGUAAAUGUUGCUUUCUCCCCGCUGUUAGCAUGUACAUAUGUGAACCGGACCUGUGAUGAUAGCAGUGGUGACUGUAGAGGUACUAUCAUUUACCCGGCCAUCCCUUUGUACAAAUGUCUGUAUGUAUGUAUAAAAGAAUGAACAAAAUAUCUGUGCAGCCUUUACAAAACUCAUUUGUAUGAUAUUUUAUGUUAUUUUGUAUUAUAUUUGUUUUACAUAAAAACAAUUAUAAUGACUUAUUAUUUAUUUCUUAACAACAAACCACCAUACACAGUGCAGAUUUUUUUUUUUUUUUUUUCUAGCAUUCAGUAAGUUAUGACAUGGUUAUGUUUCGACCCUAUCAGUGUUUUUAUAUUUUACUUUGUUGAAGAUAAUGUUUUGAAAAGCAAUACUGUUUUGCGUCCUGUUCCCCUUCUUUAGAUUGAUGUGUGUGUAUGUGUGUGAGUGUGUAGGUGGCCUUGUCUACUAAUGUAAAAUGAUUUGUAGUGGAAACAUUUAUAUUUUUAUAAUAAACAUUCUCAAAAUAUUUUCUAAAGAAUGAAUG